UUUUUGAGGUCCCUUGAAAGGAAAGAGAUGGUGGGAGCAAAAGGAAAGAGAAAAUAACCUUGGAGAAAUUACAGAGAGCCCUUGAAGGUAAAAACCAAGGCAAAGGUGCAAACAGCAAUGAUUAAAUGAAUGCGAUGGGAGCCACUCGAUCAUCUUCUUUAUUUUGUUGAACCAAUGAACCUCUGAGCUAGGUUUUUUGACUUGGAAGACUGGGCCCCCACCUCCGGCCACCACUGUCUUUAUGGAUUGAAUGAUAAAGAGCACCGCACGUGGAGUCUGAAUCAAGGAACUGUCCAACCACAAUAAAAAAUGACACAAAGUGGAAAAAAAAUAAUGUUAAAAACAAAACAAAAAUGAGAAACUUACAAAUUUACAAACAAACCCUCGUCCUCCUCUUCAUGAAUGAAAGGCAAUAAUUUCAUUCAGAAAAUCAAACAAAAGAAAAAAGAAAAAAGAAAAAUAGCUUUUUAAUGUUGAUCAUAUCAUAUACCAUGGCUAUGCCAUCCAUAUAAUUCUCACUCAUUAUUUUUGUUGCUUAAAGCUUGCCUGCCCUUUCUCUCCAGUCUCUUGACCCUUAUCCUUUUCUUUCUUUCUCUCUCUCACAAAAGAGAGAAAAAACAACUCAUCAGCUGCUGAGCUGCCACCUUCCCCCAUCUGCAAAGAAUUUCAUGCUCCACAGUCCACAAGAAAAAAAUAGAGAAAGAAGAGAGAGAGAGAGAGAGAGAGAGAGAGAGAGAGAGAGAGAGAGAGAGAGAGAGAGAGAGAGACCCACUACUAGGCCAGGCCACCACUAAGUGAUAGAAAUUGAGCUCAGCUGGGUCAGCUACAGUUGUACGAACCAGGAGAGAGCAAAAAAGAAAAAAUAUUUUUUUUUAAAAAGUAGUGAGAGAGAGAGAGAGAGAGAGAGAGAGAGAGAGAAGAAGGGCCGUCCCCUCCAUAUGAUCAUGGAAGCUGAAAAUGGGAUCCGCUGCAGGCCCAAUUUUCCACUACAAUUUCUAGACAAAAACCAAGAUGAUGACAUCCAAGAAGCGCCAGGAGACCCGGGUUCCAACCCGAACCGACCCGGCUCCUCCCUCACCCAAGAGCAGCAACCCAACAACGGCAAGAAGCCUCCUCCGAAGAGGACCUCCACCAAGGACAGGCACACAAAAGUGGACGGGCGAGGCCGCCGGAUCCGUAUGCCGGCCACGUGUGCCGCUAGGGUUUUCCAGCUCACGAGGGAGCUAGGGCACAAGUCCGACGGUGAGACCAUUGAGUGGCUUCUCCAGCAGGCCGAACCCGCCGUCAUCGCAGCCACAGGGACCGGCACCAUUCCCGCCAACUUCACCUCCCUCAACAUCUCGCUGCGGAGCUCCGGCUCUAGCAUGUCGGCGCCGUCGCACUACUUGAGGCCAAACAGCAGUAAUUAUUUCAUGAACUUCAACCCCAACAACUUGGGUGCAGCAGCUGCGUCGCAGCUGAUUAUGGACGAGAACUCCCAGCGCGGCAGGAUUUUGUUCCCCGGCGUUGGGUUGUUGUCGUCUGAGAGCUCCCCGUCGUCGUCUAUGUUGUUGAAUUUCAACAAUGCCAUGUUGGAAGCCAAGCGAGAGUUACGUGAUCAGGGCGGUUCUCUCGGUGAGGUGUCCGAGGGCGGCGAGGCCAGCGCCAUGGGAAGGAAGCGAAUUAGGCCGGAGCAAGAUUUGUUAUCGUCUUCGUCGUCCUCGUCCUCGUCAUCACAAAGUAGUCAUCAUCAGAUGGGGAUAUCGAACAGCUACAUGUUGCAAUCAGCCAGCACGGGGUCAAUUCCGGCGAGUCAAAGUACAAUUCCGGCGACAUUUUGGAUGGUGGCAAAUAACCCUAGUAGCGGCAGCGGAGGCGGCGGUCAUCAUGUCCAUGAGCCUCCCAUUAAUCCCAUGUGGACAAUUCCUGGUAUUAAUAAUGGUAUUAACAGCAAUAUGUAUAGGGGGGCUUCGGUGUCUUCGGGGGGCGGGCAUGGUCUGCAUUUUAUGAAUUUUGCUCCACCUCCAAUGGCGGCCAUAUUACCUAGCCACAUGGGAUCAACUCCUCACGGCGGUGGAGGCUCAAUUGCCGACAGCCACUUGGGUGUGAUGGCGGCGCUCAACGCGUACCGGCCGAUUCUCGGGGGGGUCAUGGCGGAGCCACCGGGUGGGAAUAAUCGACAGCAUUCACACCAUGGAGCAGACGAGGGACAUGAUCGUGACAGCAAUGCUAGAUAGCUAGGACACGGCAGUUGAUACUAGUGCAAUUCCUGAUGGGUUGUCCUACCUGUGUUUUCCUCAUAAUUAAGAUCAUACUAGUGCAAUUCCUGAUGGGCUAUCAUAAUUAGGGAUCGAUGUGAAACGAUUAACCAUGUUAUUAAGGUUAUGAUCCUUUUGGCAAUUGGCUUCAUGUAUAAAUAUAUCGUGAGAAAAUGAUUAACCAUGUUUGUUUUCUUUGCCCCGCUUCAUUUGUUGUGGUUAAGUAUAGUUGAUUAUGGUAAAUUACGGUUAAUUAGUUGGUUCUAAUAACCUACCAUGCAGAUAAUCGUGGCGGUUAAUUAAUAAGAUGAUAUGUAGUAUAUUAGCUCGCUGCUAGCUAGCAAGAGUAAUAUAUUGUAUUGA